CAAAGAAAAGAAUCAUUUCUCAUUUUCUCUUACCGAAAACAAUCCAAAGGCGCAGCCCAGUGUAAAAGGGGUUAGAAUAAAGCAUUUGUCAAGUAAACUGUAAACAGGAGCUCCUUGCGCUCCAAGUAUCGUGUUGGUUAAUUUAUCUUCAAUCCUCCAUAUCUCCUGUUGAAGCUGGUUUGUUAGAUCUUUCUCUUUCUCUUUCUCUGCUUCUCUACGUGGUGGGGUUUCCAAUGGAGGACAAGGAGAAGAAGAAGGUGAAGAACUAUCCGUCUCUGCCUUCCAACUACGUCACGCUCGCUCAGCUCCAGGAACGAUGGCUCAAAGAGAAAGAGCGGAAGCAGAGAGAUAAGGAAGAAGAAGAAGAACGGAAACGAAAGCUUCAGCUACAGAAAAAGCUCGAGGAAGAAGAACAGAAGCGAAAGCUUGGACCUCGGGGUCUUGAAGGAAGGAGUGGCAUCAAUUACGAGCCGGGGGGUCGGAAUCGGAAACCAAAUUGUUCACGAAAUAGCCGUGCGGUGGAGGUGAGCCCUGCGAAGCCCGAGGAAUUGGAGGUUGUAGCGGUGGUUGUUGAUACGGUGAAUGUGAGUGCUGAGCAGGAGCAAAAGAGCGAGGAAUCGAAGGAGGAGAAGAAAAAGAAGAAAAAGAAGAUAAAAAACAGGAAGGAGUCCUGGAGUAGGAAGAAGGGAAUGAAACCUAGGCAAGAGGAGGAGGAAGAGGAGAAGGAGGAGGUGAUGGACGGUAUGGCACUGGCGCCGCGCGUGAUUACGGAGAAGGAGAAUGCUCUGGCGAAAAGGAACCUUAAAUCGAAGGGAACGAGGAGUGAAUUCAGGCCGAUAAGUGACGGUGAAUCGAAGGGAAUGAGGAGUGAAUUCAAGCAGAAGAGAAAGAGUGGGGAUCGGACGGCUGAGAUUCAACGGAGAGUUGGGGAUUUAUUGAUAAACAGUGGGAUAGAAAGAGUAAAUGUUCGGGAAGAGGAGAAGGAGGAGGCGACGGACGGUAUGGCACAGGCGCCGGGCGUGAUCACCGAGAAGGAGAAUGCUCCGGCGAAAAGGGACGGUGAAUCGAAGGGAACGAGGAGUGAAUUCAGGCCGAAAAUGGACGGUGAAUCGAAGGUAACGACGAAUGAAUUCAGGCGGAGGAGAAAGAGUGGGAAUCGGACGGCGGAGAUUCAACGGAGAGUUUGGGAUUUAUCGAUAAACAGUGGGAUAGAAAGAGUAAAUGUUAGGGUGGAGGAGGAAGAGGAGAAGAAGGAGGUGACGGAAGGUAUGGCACAGGCGCAGCGCCUGAUCACCGAGAAGGAGAAUGCUCCGGUGAAAAGGGACGGUGAAUCGAAGGAAACGAGGAGUGGAUUCAGGCCGACGAGAAAGAGUGAGGAUUUAUUGAUAAACAGUGGGAUAGAAAGAGUAAAUGUUCGGGAAGAGGAGGAGGAAGAGGAGAAGAAGGAGGUGACGGACAGUAUGGCACAGGCGCCGCGCGUGAUCACCGAGAAGGAGAAUGCUCGGGUGAAAAGGGAUGGUGAAUCGAAGGGAAAGAGGAGUGAAUUCAGGCAGAGGAGAGAGAGUGGGGAUUGGACGGCGGAGAUUCAACAGAGAGUUGGGGAUUUGUCGAUAAACAGUGGGAUAGAAAGAGUAAAUGUUAGAGUGGCGAGGCUGAACACGGGUGUUAAUCGCGGUAACAGGGAGUACAGGGGUCAUGGGCGAUUUGGUGGUCACCGGGAAGUACGGCAGCAAACCGGUGUUGGAAUGGUUUGGGUGAGGAAAGGAGAGCUUCCUGAUGAUAAUGCUGGUGGGGUUCAGAGCUCCAAGUAAUUGGAGUAGUUGGAAAUGCUUUGCGGCUUUGUGCAGUGGUGCUGAGUCUGUUUGACAUCUUCAACGCAGGUUUGAUAGAAGUGGCUGGCAAAGGGGAUUGGAUACCGUGCGAAGUUAUAUAUUGAUACACACCGAAACAAGAGAUUGGAAGAGAAAGGGAAGAAAGAAAUAUAUUUUGUAUAGUGGAAGUUGCUACUUUGCAUUUUCUGAUCUUACUAUUCCUAUAUCCAGGCAUUCCAUUUCUCAGUGGCCAUUUGAUUUCUUUGAUCAAUGUUUGUGAGGCACUGUGCUGUGCAACAACAAUAUGAAUUUACCUUUCUCUGGUGAAAAACUUCCUGUCGCUCCGGCGGAAGAUCUCUGGGUAAACUGUUCACUUAUGAAUUCCCAUUACACUUGGUUACUUUUUGGGAAAGAGCUGUCCUUUUGCUUCAAUUCAUAUUCUGAAUCUGCUUUCUGAUCACCAUCAAGUAGCUUAUGGGGUUUGAUUCUGUCUCAAGUUUUGCUAUGCAAUAGCUUCUGCAGUAUUUCUUUCCUUGCCUCAGCUGUAAGCCCUUCUUGGCUUCUUCUAGAUGGGCCAUUGAGCUCCUUUAAGCCUGUGUGACUGUGUCCACGGUCAUUAUUACAAGGAACAGGACCCUUUUCAUUUCCAAUUAUAUGGAUAAUAUUUAUUUUAUGAUUAAUAUUUAAAA